CAUCUCCCGGGAGCUCCUUCCGCUAGCAGCAGUGGAUCGCUCAGUCAGCCCCAGGACAGGAGGCUGUAGGAGACAACCAAGCACUGCUUUGGAGUAUGUAUGGGGCACUGAGACUCACGUAAAGCUGCUAGUGUGAAACUUUCCCUGCUCUCUGUAAAUGCACCAGGAUCAAUUGUGCAGAUUUUGUGUAUUUCUCGUUCCCAUUCAACUUUGAGUCAUUAUGAAGGUUUCACUGUCCUUGGUUACUGUGCAGAUAUUGGCAUUAAUCUUAGUCUCUUCCGCUUUAAGGAAAAGACGUCAGACUGAUUACUGGGGUCCCUGGGGAGAGUGGGGAGAGUGCAGCCGGACCUGUGGUAUUGGUGUGACCUUCCGAGAGCGUCGCUGUUAUUCUUAUCGGAGAGAUGGUGGAAGCAGCUGCAUUGGACCUUUCAGAAACUACCGUUCUUGCAACAUUCAGGACUGCCCCGAGGGUUCGAGAGAUUUCAGAGAAGAGCAGUGUUCUGUGUUUGAUGGAACUGAUUUCCAGGGGAAGAGAUACAAAUGGCUGCCUUAUUAUGGAGCUUCAAAUAAGUGUGAGCUGAACUGCAUUCCCCAAGGUGAAAACUUUUAUUUUCGGCAUAAAGAAGCGGUUAAGGAUGGGACACUGUGCGAACCUGGAAGCCGCAACAUCUGCAUAGACGGUGUGUGCAAGACAGUUGGUUGUGACAACACACUGGAAUCAUCACAAGUUGAAGAUAAAUGUCUCGAAUGUGGAGGAGAUGGAAGCACCUGUUAUGAAGUCAAAGGGACAUUUAGUGUUGUUGAUUUGCCAAUAGGUUACAAUCAAAUCCACAUCAUUCCCAUCGGGGCCACAAGUAUUCGGAUCCAAGAAGUAUUACCCACACGGAAUUUCCUUGCAAUCAAGAAUGUGAGAGGUGAGUAUUACCUGAACGGUCACUGGACCAUCGACUUCAGCCGGGCUCUGUACAUCGCCAACACUGUCAUACACUACGAAAGGGGAUCGGAGGGUGACCUAGCCUCAGAGGUCAUUCAUGGUCGAGGGCCAACCUCUGAACCCUUGAUACUGGAGAUCAUUAGCCAAGAGUCCAAUCGAGGAAUUGAUUACGAAUAUUAUCAAUCACGGUACCGGAGACAACCACAAGGUUACUUCUGGAGUGUUGGGUCUUGGAGUUUGUGCAGCAAAGAGUGUGGGGGUGGUUAUCAGACACGGCUUGUGUUUUGCACCAUCGACAGUGAAGCCUAUCCUGAUUAUUUAUGCAGAAGCCAAGUACAGCCGACCAGCAACAAAACCUGCAAUGCCCAAUCCUGUCCACGGACUAAACGGAUUUCAUUCAUAAAUCGACCGAGUGCAUGGACUUGGAACCAGUGCGUGAUGGCGAGAGCUUACAGCUGGAAGACAGGAGAGUGGAGCACUUGCUCAGUAACAUGCGGGGGAGGGGUGCAGACCCGGUCCGUGUUCUGUACCCUGUCAGAGGGGAGUCGCGGGGAGACAGUUCGGGAUGAUGUGGAAUGUGCUGCAGUCACGGUGAAACCGCCCAGCCGGCAAGCCUGCAACAUGCUCCAGUGUGCGACAUGGAGCUCUAGCCGUUGGUCUGAGUGUUCUGUAACAUGUGGUGAGGGGAUUCAGACCAGGUCUGUAUCAUGCGUGUUACAGUCAGGUAACCAGCUUCCAGACUUUGUCUGCUCUUCUCAGUCGAAGCCCUCGGUAGCUCAGGCCUGCGUGCUCGAUGCCUGCAAAGAUGUCUUCUCAUGGUAUAUUGGGGCCUGGAACUCGUGUUCAGUAACAUGUGGUGAAGGGAUUCAGAGCAGGUCUGUCUCGUGUAUGUCCCAGUCAGGUGGCAAGGUUUCAGAUUUUGCCUGCUCCUCUCAGUCGAAGCCGUCAGCCACCCAUCCCUGUGCCCUUGAUGGCUGCAGCGACUAUUUCUCUUGGCACAUUGGGAUAUGGGGUCUGAUGGUCAUGUUGGAAGAUUGA